AUGAAAGAAUAUAGUCUCUUAAAGGUUAACAAAGUAUUCGAAGGACAUUUCGUUGACGUUCUUGGCUGUUUAACAUGGCGGAAUAAUCUCUUCGCCGUCUCAGAAAUCAAUAGCAGUUUAUUUUUUAUAGCUAGAAAAGAUGAAAUUUGGGUUUAUGAUAUUAGUAUGCUUGCGGGGAAAGAUAAACCUAAACCGAUACGUAAGCUAAAAACACUAUGUUCCGAGCAACCAUCAGAUGAUAUUAUCAACGAGGAACCAUUUGGGGGAAGCGAAAUUAAUGCGAUCAAGGUGGGAAAACUCGGGAUUGAGGAAGCUUUAGUAGCUGCGAACGGCCGAGGUGUAUUCAUAUGGUUCACAUCUAUGUUACACAAGGCACCAAUACAUUUUUGCAAUGAAAGCUCAACAUGGGGAAUAGCUAUGCACGGGCCAUCUCGCCUUUUGGCUGUUAGUGCUAAUUCUCAUGUGAUUACCGUCUAUGAUCUUCGUGAUGGACUACCAGAUUCCGUUGCGACAACUGAAGAAGAUACCGAUAAAGAUAUCAAUUCUGUUCCGAACAAGAAUCCAUUAUUGCUAGAGCCAAAAAUCUGCCUUCGAGGUCAUGAACACAAUAUUCCAAAUAUAGCUUUCAGUCCGGACGGUAAAUUCUUGGUUUCUUGUAGUAUAGACAAUACCUGCAACGUUUGGAAUGUAAAAACAGGCGAAUCCUUGGUCUCGAAACAUAUUUCUCUAGAUUGGGGCUGGUCCACUUGUUUUGUGUCUCCUUCGUCAUUCAAGCUCGUAUCAAAAAAUUCUUUGGCUGAAUUUUCUUGGGUUCCACCUGUUACGUUGGGCCCGUUCAGACUAGGGCUUGCAAGAAUACGUUACCCACAAGAAUUAGAAAGAGCACAACAGAAUACUCGCGUUGAUAAUCAUAUUACAACCGAGUAUGCUGAUGGAUUUUUUGAAGAUGAUUUUGGUGGAGAUGAUGAAGUGGAAGAAGUUGAUUUUGAUUUUCAUGAUGGCCAUGAUGAGGAGGAAGAAGUAUAUGAUGUUGAGGAUUAUUUACACGAACAAGAAUUAAUGGAUUUCGACGACAACGGAUGGUAUAAUGAUGAUGAGGCUGAAAAUGAUUAUAACGAUUUUCCACCUUUUACAUUUAAUACAACGAUGAUACGGCCUAGGCACGCGAAUUAUGAUGAUAAUGAAGGCACAAGAGCGCAGUCAGAUGAAAUUCUAGAACCCCGACUAAAUUUUGAUAAUAAUGAAGAUUUUGGAACGUCGGCAUCUAGUAUCCCAAUUCCUUUGUUUUAUGAUUUUGAACCAGAUGAAGACGGAAUAACUGACGAUCUA